AUUUUAGCCGUUUUAGUGUGAAUGCUCUAAAAUCCAAUAAUAACAAGUCUAUAGCAAGAAAAAAUCAAAGCUCGCCUCGUCGUCCCCAAUAGUCCUAUGAUAGAAACUCUUUCAAUUACACCACCACAUAUUUCUAAAUUUAUUUCAACUUUGAAACCACAUUCACUCUUCCAUUCUAGAUUUUCUUAAUGCUGAUGUUAAUGGGCUGUAUCUAAACGAACUCUAUUGAGCCUCUUUUGGCUGUUUCUUUAAAAUAUUCCCCCUUUUACCCCCAAAAAAAGAGAGUCCAAACUCCAAACUCAUUGAAAGUCAAUACUUAAAUAAUUGCUUAAUUUUCCCUCAACAUUAUCUUCAUUUUUAGCUUAUUUAAUGGAUUAGCUCUGACCCACCUGCCUCACGAGAAAAUGCAACAUGCAUGGAUGGCAUGUUUCCUCCCCUCUCACAUGAAGUUAAACCCCACCAGUGGAGUUUUACUUUCACGUAAGGGGAGGAAAUAUGCAUCUGAUACAUGGUAUACCAUCUCACACACCAAGAAUCCAAAACUUACAUAUAAUUCCACUCCCAAAAUUCCCUCUUGAUAACCUUUCUUCCUUUACAAGUUGUUUGAGCUAAGUACAAUACCAAUACGAAUGGAGAAAUCUGGGUAUGGGAGAGAUGGGAUAUACAGGUCACUGAGACCACCACUAGUGUUACCAAAAGACCCAAAUCAUUCCAUAGUCACAUUUCUCUUCAGAAACACAUCCUCGUACCCAAACAAACCUGCUCUCAUAGACGCAGAAACCUCCGAAACCUUAACCUUCUCGCAACUAAAAUCCACAAUCGCAAAAGUGUCACAAGGAUUGCUCAGCCUAGGCAUCACCAAAAACGAUGUUGUCCUCAUCUUCGCUCCGAACUCAAUCCAAUUCCCAAUCUGCUUUCUCUCCAUCGUCGCAAUAGGUGCAAUCGCCUCAACAACCAACCCUCUGUACACAACCCAAGAACUCUCCAAACAAGUCAAGGACUCGAACCCAAAGUUAGUUAUUACCGUUGCCAAACUGUUCCACAAAGUCAAAAGUUUCAACCUCCCAGCUGUCAUUUUAGGACCAAACACCAACCUUACUUCAAAUCCGAACGUUAUCCACUUCAACGAUUUGCUAAACCUUAACCCAUCAUCAUCAUCAUCAUCAGAUUCCGAGCUGAACAUCAACCAUGUGAAGCAAAACGACACCGCCGCGUUGCUAUACUCGUCGGGAACCACAGGGACGAGCAAAGGCGUGGUUUUGAGUCAUGGGAAUUUCAUCGCGACGUCGCUGAUGGUCACGAUGGAUCAAGAGGUGUCCCCAGAGAGACACCACGUGUUCCUGUGCGUGUUGCCGAUGUCUCACGUGGCUGGGUUGUCGCUGAUUAUGUACGGGCAGUUGCAGAUUGGGAAUGCGGUGGUUUCGAUGGAGAGGUUUGGGCUGGAGAAGGUGUUGGCGGCGGUAGAGAGGUAUAGGGUCAGUCACCUUUGGGUGGUGCCGCCGAUCAUAUUGGCUCUGGCGAAACAGAGUGUGGUGAAGAGGUACGACUUGUCGUCGUUGAAGCAAAUCUUGUCUGGUGCUGCGCCUUUGGGUAAGGAUUUGAUGGAGGAGUGUAUUAGGAAUGUCCCAAACGCUGUCGUUAUGCAGGGCUACGGUAUGACAGAAACUUGUGGAAUUGUUUCCCUGGAGAAUCCAAGAGUAGGAAUUCGGAAUACUGGUUCAGCCGGAAUGCUUGCUCCAGGAGUUGAAUCCCAGAUAGUCAGUGUAGAUACAUUGAAGCCUCUCCCUCCUAAUCAGUUAGGGGAGAUAUGGGUUCGGGGGCCUAAUAUGAUGCAAGGUUAUUACAACAAUCCACAGGCCACCAAACUGACUAUAGAUAAAAAAGGAUGGGUACACACAGGAGAUCUCGGAUAUUUUGAUGGAGAUGGGAAUCUUUAUGUUGUUGACCGAAUUAAGGAGCUUAUCAAGUACAAAGGUUUUCAGGUUGCACCAGCGGAGCUUGAAGGGUUGCUUGUUUCUCAUCCUGAGAUAUUGGAUGCUGUUGUCAUUCCAUUUCCUGAUGCUGAAGCUGGUGAAGUCCCAAUCGCAUAUGUUGUACGCUCACCCAACAGUUCACUGACUGAAGAAGAUAUUAAGAAAUUCAUUGCUAGUCAGGUUGCACCUUUCAAAAGAUUAAGACGUGUGACAUUCAUAGAUAAAGUCCCCAAGUCUUCUUCAGGAAAGAUCCUCAGAAGAGAGCUCAUUGAGAAAGUAAGGUCAAAAAUUUGAAAUUGAAGUCAGUUCUAAGUUAGAAUCCAAAUGUGUUGGUGUAGAACUUCUAAGGAAUAACAAUGGCUGCGGUAAUGUACCCCUUCCUGCCCUGCUCCUCCGUACAGUGGAUACAUUUCUUUUUAAACCAGAUUGUGUUGGUCUUAAACUGUAGAAAAUUUUCAUUCAACAAUAAAACAUAUAUAUGAUUACCCUCUUUUUUUUCUUCC